AAGGAGUGGCUUGCCUAAUUUCUGUGCUGUUGCAUUGACACUUCACGACUUUGGUUAUCGUGCCGUUGGCAUUCGUCUGGACUCAGGGGAUUUGGCGUAUUUAUCACGAGAAGUGAGAAGAGUAUUUAAACUUGUCGCAGAAAAGUAAGUCUUCUGUUUCAUAUUUGCGAUAAAAGAGAUAUACAUGCAGGGGUUUCACAAAGCAGUAUCGUGCAGCAGAUGUUGGUCAACCUGCAGUUAUCAGAGUGAGAAAAUAAUGUUCAUUCUUUUCAUUAAAUGUAGUAGUCUUUUAUUUGGAGGCAAAUAAAUAGAAUCGAGAGAUGUAGUUUAAUUUUCUUGCUCCUUUUAAGUAUCAACAUUUCCGAAAUUGACCAUCGCGUCUGCUACCCAGUAACGCAUUAUUAAUGCAACUCACCCAUAGUCCCGUUCCAUUCGCUUUAGCUUAAACAGGUAUGUUUGUUUAACUUCUUUAGGUUUAACGUUCCUUGGUUAGAGAAUGCAAGUAUUGUAGCAAGUAAUGACAUCAACGAAGACACAUUGUUAUCUCUAAACCAACAGGUUGUUGUCUGUCACGUAUAAAAACCUGAACUAAACUAACUUUAUUUAUACUGGAUGGCUCUAUCAGUUCUAAAAUGUUCUUCCUUGAAGUGCAGUAAGGAUCAUCUCUUAUUGACCCAGUGUUACUACAAAAGUAAACCUGAACUAAACUAACUUUAUUUAUACUGGAUAGCUCUUUCAGUUCUAAACUGUUCUCACUAGAGGUCCAGUAAGGAUCAUCUCUUAUUGACCCAGUGUUACUACAGGAGGAAACCUAAACUAAACUAAUCAGUUCUAAACUGUUCUUCCUAGAGGUCCAGUAAGGAUCAUCUCUUAUUGACCCAGUGUUACUACAGAAGGAAACCUGAACUAAACUAACUUUAUUUAUACUGGAUAACUCUACCUGUUCUAAACUGUUCUUCCUAGGGGUCGAGUAACGGCUGCUGUUUAUAAUAUUCAUUAUUUGUUUUCUAUAGGGUCAUAGUAUCGAUUCAUUUGGUAUUGGUACGCAUUUGGUCACAUGUCAGAAACAGCCUGCGCUUGGUUGUGUUUUUAAAGUAAGUAAAACGGUUGCAGUUACGUCAGUCGGAUCUUGGUUGGCCACUCGACUGUUGGGUCAUUUUAACAUCUUUUGUUUUAUAGCUUAUUGAAAUUUCUGGCAGCCCGCGAAUGAAACUUAGCGAGGAUGUGGAAAAAGUCUCUAUUCCUGGAGAGAAGAAUCUCUAUCGACUGUAUGGACACGAUGGUAAGUUAGGCGAUGUAGGUUAAUAUGAAGAUGAACGUUGAUGAAAGUUGACAAGCAAGAGUUUGCAUGACAGUUUUCUCAACUCUCAUGCCUCGGUAAACGAGAACAAGAGUUGCAUGACAGUUUUCUUAACUCUCAUGUCCCGGUCAAACGAGAACAAGGGUUGUUGCAUGAGAGUUGAUGAGAGUUGAGAAGCGAGAGUUUGCAUGAGAGUUUUCUCAACUCUCAUGUCCCGGUCAAACGAGUACAAGAGUUGCACGAGAGUUCAUGAUGGUUGAGAAGCGAUUGUUUGCAUGAGAGUUUUCUCAACUCUCAUGUCCCGGUCAAACGAGAACAAGAGUUGCAUGAGAGUUGAUGAGAGUUGAGAAGCGAGAGUUUGCAUGAGAGUUUUCUCAACUCUCAUAGCCCCGGUCAAACGAGAACAAGAGUUGCAUGAGAGUUGAUGAGAGUUGAGAGUUUGCAUGAGAGUUUUCUCAACUCUCAUGCCCCGAUCAAACGAGAAUUUGAAUGUUGAUGAGAGUUGACUGACGGUGAAACGAGGAAAACGUCUCAUUAACGGUCAUCAAAAAUUAAACCAGCUCAAAGUUGAUGAGAAUACAUGAGUUGAUCUUCCAUCAUCUGACUGGGUGUUUACCGCACAUUCGUGAGCAGUUGAUGAUAUCAUUGGUACCACUGUAUUCACUUGUUUUUUUUUUUGUGAAUAGGGAAGGCACUGGUAGAUCUAAUGACACAACGUAAAGAAGAGGUUCCCAAGGUUGACUCGCGCAUUCUCUGUCGACAUCCAGUCUUGGAGAACAAAAGGGCUUGGGUUUCACCUUCAAAAAUUGAGAACCUUUACAAAGUUUACUGGAAAGAUGGAAAGGUGGAUAUUCAAUGGCCUCUCUCGGAACUGACAAUGUUAUCCAAUAUAAAUAAAGAAGUUUAGUUUAGGUUUCUUCCUGUAGUAACACUGGAUCAAUAAGAGAUAAUCCUUACUGGACCUCUAGGAAGAACAGUUUAGAACUGAUAGAACUAUCCAGUAUAAAUAAAGUUAAUUCAGUUUAGGUUUCCUCCUGUAGUAACACUGGAUCAAUAAGAGAUAAUCCUUACUGGACCUCUAGGAAGAACAGUUUAGAACUGAUAGAACUAUCCAGUAUAAAUAAAGUUAAUUCAGUUUAGGUUUCCUCCUGUAGUAACACCAGAUCAAUAAUGGUUAUGUAUUAUUUUGUUCUUUGCGUCUAAUAUGUUUUUUUUUUAUCUCUUUAUUAAAAGUUACAAGAGUCCGUACCAUCAAUAUCGGAGUCGCGGGAACAUGUUCAACAAUCUUUGAAUAGCUUGAGAGGAGACCAUCUCAGAACUCUGAAUCCCACACCUUACAAGGUCAGUACCGCAGAGAUCGCGCUCAACAUCUAGGGAGAACAGUUUAAAACUGAUAGAGAUAUCCCUUGAGAUAUCCAGUAUAAAUGAAGUUAGUUUAGCUUAGGUUUCCUCCUGUAGUAACACUGGAUCAAUAAGAGAUGAUCGUUACUGGACCUCUAGGAAGAACAGUUUAGAACUAUCCAGUAUAAAUGAAGUUAGUUUAGCUUAGGUUUCCUCCUGUAGUGGAAUAUACUGGAUCAAUAAGAGAUGAUCGUUACUGGACCUUUAGGAAGAACAGUUUAGAUCUGCAGAGCUAUCCAGUAUAAAUAAAGUUAGUUUAAUUUUGGUUUUCGUGAUGACCCUUCAAUGUAAGAGAUGGCACUAUAAACUAGACCUCUAGAUAAAAGCAGUUUAGAACUGAAUCAACUUUCCUACAUUUUAAGGUGUCGGUGACGGACAAUUUGUAUGUUUUUAUGCACAAUCUUUGGCUUGAUAGUGCCCCAAUUGGAGAACUCUCAUAAGGUAUUCGACAGUCGCUCAUCCAACCGGUAUGUACACUAUUCAUCAGUCGCCUUACACAUACGAAAACAUGGAACAACUAAAUUGUCUAUAGCACAUUUAACAAUUAAUCAAAUCAAUAUAAAACGUAGUCCUAGGGAAAGAACAAAUUGUAUAAACUAUAAUAUCGAUUAGGAAACGUAGUAUAAAAUAAUUUUAGGAUUAAUAAAAUGUGAGGAACAAUUAUUUAUUAACGUUCCCUCUAUUCGAUACUGAAGCGACGAGGGACGAGGCGGGGCUAUCCUUUUGGCCGCCUGCUGGCG